AUGCGUGAUCAAGCUGUGAUGACUGACGCCAUGGUUUCGGCACAUGUUGACGACUCGACUGCCCUUACUACUAUUGAGGCUACUAACAACUACUACGAUAACGACGCUGAUGAUGCUUCAAUUGACACCGACAACUCCUAUGGUCCCGGUCAACCAAAAGACGACGAGUCCUUACAAGAAUAUUUACAUGGUCCUCGUCCAGCCUUUGACUACUUUGGAUUCUCUGUCGAAGCCCUUUUUCUCACAUUAGACGGAAGCGCCGACUCCUUUGAGUUUCACCGUCACCACGACCCUUACCGCGUGUUCGAGCCUCGCCCUUGUCCAUUGGUUAGUUUUAUUCCCCACGCCGAUGUCGACAUGCACGUCUCUUACCCCCACAAGGUGCGUGAUGCUACCGGUGCUCUCAAAGACCUCGGCUGGAUUGACGACUUCGACUUGGACCCAAAUACUGACCCUUGCCGCUUUUACUAG